GUUUUGGCCAACCUGGGCAUGGUUGCACUGAUUCGAGUCAGCUCUCGACUUCACACCCCCAUGUACUUUUUCCUCAGCCACUUGUCCUUUGUGGAUUUCUGCUACUCCUCUACCAUUGUGCCAAAGAUGCUGGCUAAUAUAUUAAACAAGGACAAAGCCAUCUCCUACCUGGGGUGCAUGGUGCAAUUCUACUUGUUUUGCACAUGUGUGAUCACUGAGUCCUUUCUACUUGCUGUGAUGGCCUAUGACCGCUUUGUGGCCAUCUGUAACCCACUGCUGUACAUGGUCUACAUGUCUGAGAAGGUCUGUGGAGAGCUGGUAUCUUGCUGCUACCUCUGUGGAUUGGUGUGUUCUCUGAUUAACUUGUGCUUAGUUCUUGAGAUACCAUCCUAUAGAUCGAAUGUGAUUAAUCACUUCUUCUGUGACCUCCCCCCUCUCUUAAGUCUUGCUUGCUCUGAUGUUACUAUGAACAACGUCCUU